GAAUGGACACCUCAUCAACUCUAAAAAAAAUUAAAACCCAUCUUCUCCCUCCUCAAUACUCUCUCUCUCUCUCUCUCUACUCAGGCCACCCACUAACCCCAGCCUCUUUCCUCCUCCACCCUCUCUGCAAAACCCAAUUCUCUCUCUUCUUCUCAAGCGACAAGCAUUACCCAAUAAACAAGUACAAAAUGGAAGACUCUGCAGCAUCUAUACCAUCGAUAUGGGCAUCCAUGAACAGCUGGUUCACUCCCACUGUCCUCUUCGUCUUCCUCAACCUCAUGAUUGGAACCAUUCUCUUCACCUCCAACUUACCCAACCAUAAUAAACCAGAGGAUCAAAAGGAGAAAUCCCAAAACGACACGACUCAAUCCAAACUAGCCAGAUCUCCAUCCAUCCUCCAUCGUAUCAGAUCUUUCAACUUAUACCCCCCAAGAUCCCAACAAGACUCCACUCCGGUGACCCACCACCAACCCCACCCCCACCACCAACAACAACCGGAAGAAACUCUAGAAACUGCUGCUACAGAAUACGUCUUCAAUCACCCUUUCCCUCAUCACCAGGAUGUACAGCCCGUUUCUACACACACAGACAAUUUGGAUCUCAACCCGACCCGUUUCGACUCUUUCGAACAAGAGGCCAACGCCGACGCUGACGCUGCUCGAUAUGCUGAUUUCAAUCACACGAAUGAGAUACAACUCGCUAAUGUGGAGACCCAUUUUGUUUUUGAACAGAACCACACCGUGGAGCGGGUGACUACCCAUUUCGAUUUCGGUUCGGUCGAUGGUGAAACCCUACUCGAUACGAGUUCGAUUGAGAACCAUGAGGAAGAAAAGGAUCAGUUUCAGAGUUUAGAUGAGGUUUAUAGCAGUAUAACAGGAGGACAUGUUAACAGAACAAAGUCCGACACUUUGCCGGCGUCGGGUGAGUUGCCUGUAAAACUACCGGCCAAGAUGAAGAAGUCGGCAAGCUUGAAAUCUGCAUUCUCUCAUUUCGAGGAGGAAAAGAUAGUGGAGGCUCGUCGGCCGGCGACCGUCAGGGAAAGGAGGUCAGCUGCUAGGGCGACGGAAACGGGUGAUGUGGAGGUGGACGCCAGGGCGGAUGACUUCAUCAACAAGUUCAAGCAUCAGCUGAAGUUGCAGAGGCUGGACUCCAUUAUCAGGUACAAGGAUAUGGUAAAUAGAGGGACUGAAAAAUAAAAUAUCUUAAUUUAGAAGGUGUUUUCUUUAACAUUUGGGAAAAGCAGGGGGUUAAUUUCGAUACCCCUUAGGUUUAAUGUUUUUUUGCCUCUGUAAAUCUAAGCAGUUGUGGGGGUUAGAAAAGACAUUUUAUUUUUCUUUUUCGUUUUGCUAAUUUCCAAGAAAAAAGGGUUUAUUAUUAUUUUAAUGUUAGGGUAAGUAUUUUGGAAGAUGAUUGCAUAUUUAAUGAUAAUGUAAUUUCCUUUUAAA